GGUCUGCCUGAGAUCGCUUGGGAAAAGCCACGGUGGAGAGUUGUGGCGUUUUUGGAUUUAUUUGGCACGAAGCACUCGCACCUCUGCUCGAGGGAUUCAUAUGGCUUGAAGGGCGGAGCUGGCACGCGGAGCCCCAUGGAUCCCCUCAACCUCUCGUGGUACGACGGGGACAGGAACUGGAGCAGGGCCCUGAACGCCUCGGAGGCGGCGCAGAGGCCGCACUACAACUACUACGCCGUGCUGCUCGCCCUCCUCAUCUUCAUCAUCGUCUUCGGCAACGUGCUGGUGUGCAUGGCCGUGUCCCGGGAGAGAGCCCUGCAGACCACCACCAACUACCUGAUCGUCAGCCUGGCCGUGGCUGACCUGCUGGUGGCCACGCUCUGCAUGCCCUGGGUGGUCUACAUGGAGGUGGUCGGGGAGUGGCGGUUCAGCCGCAUCCACUGUGAUAUCUUUGUCACCCUGGAUGUCAUGAUGUGCACUGCCAGCAUCCUCAACCUCUGUGCCAUCAGCAUCGACAGGUACACAGCCGUGGCCAUGCCCAUGCUCUACAACACCCGCUACAGCUCCAAGCGCAGGGUCACCGUCAUGAUCGCCGUGGUCUGGGUGCUCUCCUUUGCCAUCUCCUGCCCGCUCCUCUUCGGCCUCAACAACACAGAUGAGAAGGAAUGCAUCAUUGGCAACCCUGCCUUCGUGGUGUACUCCUCCAUUGUGUCCUUCUACGUGCCCUUCAUUGUCACGCUGCUGGUGUACGUGCAGAUCUACAUCGUGCUGCGGCGGCGCAGGAAGCGUGUCAGCACCAAGCGCAGCAGCCACGUGCUGGACUCGGACACGCAGGCGCCCCUGAAGGACAAAUGCACUCAUCCAGAAGACGUCAAGCUCUGCACAGUUAUUGUGAAGUCCAAUGGGAGCUUCCAAGUUAAUAAGCGCAAAGUGGAGGCAGAGAGUCACAUAGAAGAGAUGGAAAUGGAGAUGGUGUCCAGUACCAGUCCCCCUGAGAAAGCGGCCCUCAAACCCACAGCACCAAGUAACCACCAGUUGAUUGUGCCAGUUGCUUCUAAUCGGGGCAACAACUCUACCCUGCAGGCACCCCUGAGCAGCCCUGGGAAGGUGGAGAAGAAUGGCCAUGCCAAAGAAUCCCACCACACAGCCAAGGUCUUCGAGAUCCACUCCCUGCCCAACGGCAAGACGAGGAACUUGCUCAAGGCCGUGAUCAGGAGGAAAAUGUCCCAGCAGAAGGAGAAGAAAGCCACCCAGAUGCUGGCCAUCGUGCUCGGUGUUUUCAUCAUCUGCUGGCUCCCCUUCUUCAUCACUCACAUCCUGAACAUGCACUGCGACUGCAACAUCCCGCCGGCCAUGUACAGCGCCUUCACGUGGCUCGGCUACGUCAACAGCGCUGUCAACCCGAUUAUCUACACCACCUUCAACAUCGAGUUUCGCAAGGCUUUCAUGAAGAUCCUCCACUGCUAAAGCCACAAACAGCACCCGCAUUUCUUUAGGGACGGAGGGGGAAGAGGAAGCGAUGCCAUUCAUGCACGGCGGGGCGGCCGGGGAGGGGCUGGAGCUCUUGAGCCGGGCAGCGCUCGGUGCCCGAGCACCUGGUGGGGAUGGAGCGAGGCAGGAGGGUCUCUCACCCCGCUGGGUGACCUCUGGACCGGCCCCAAGGGCGCUUUUCAGAGCCACGCUCACGCCGUGUUGGAAGUGGAAGUGCGAGGGUCGCGGCGCUCUCGCUCGGCUCUCGCCCGUGGCCGCCCGGCCUGGAGUGCACUGGACACGCUGGACACAGAGUGGCCACGGGGCCAGCAGGAGGUAGCGCUGGGCCAGAGGCACAACUCUCACCAAAGACAAGGCCGUCCUUCCCGCUUGGCAGCAGGAGCCACACGGGGCCUCUGGGAGCUCCGUGCAAUAGCUUUGCCUUCACCUCGAGCUGACUCACCCGGUGUUUAACUGCUGAAGCCUUCAGAAAUUACAUAAAAACCAACCCAAAAAAACUUCCAGAGGUCCCCAGGCGGGUCGGGAAGGUUCUGCCACCCACAGACCCUGCAGCAGAGUGAGCCUACGAGCCAUGGGUGGAAGGGAGAAGGGGGCAUCAGAUUCACAUCAAACCAUCGGCGUAAACAGGAUGGAUUUUGGAGCCCCAAGC